AUGCGCCUCUUAAAACAUUCUCUUGGUCACUGUGGAAGCGCGGAGGGCUCAUCUCCGGAUGCUGUUGAUCUGCCAAGUCGCUCCGGCCACCAGCAGCCAUCAGUAAGAGUGAUAGUAGAGAAGAAAUUUUUACGAAAAGGACAACUGGAGACCGCGGUUGCUGCGGCUGCGCCGGAAACAACUCGUUCAAAGGCUCACGUCUCCGGUGAAGUUGUACCGUCAAGAACGAUAGAGAAGCAAUCAGAAAGCAGUCACCGGAGAAGAAAUUACUAUGGGCAGCUUACUCGCACGAUAGAAGCGCUUGAACAGCAUUUGAAUCAGGAAGACUCCACUUCACAGCCGCUGAGGAAGAAAAUUGCUUCAGAAAACGAGCCACAUCCCCUAAAAUCGAGAGUAGAGGAGGACAAGAGGAAGCAGAACACGUUCGUCAGCACUCUCACCAUUGAUCUACCGAAACAUCUCAAACCAGCGAUAGAGCGCAAGCCAAUGACCGGCAAAGAGCCAUGGAAACCUUUCGAGGACCGAAUCAUUGAGCCGCAUACAACCACGCAGUCGACCGGUGGAGAUGUACCACGAGAGCUGGAAUCGACGACUGACUAUAAGAUUCCCAUAAAUGACAUGAGAAUUCGAAGAGUUCUACACAGAAACAAGAAGCUGAUGAAAGCGCUUAUUGAGGCGUACAAGUUACGAUUCACGACGAGCACCAUUCCGAGCACCACCACCUCUCGUGCUACCACGGCCACCACUGCAGGCUCCAUUGAAGUAUCCAAAGGGAUAUCACCGUUGAACUUUGUCGGCGACAUUAAGCUGAACAAAGUUGUGACAAGUGGAGCGAUAGCAUCAACGGAAAUUGUCCCAGUGCCGUCUACAGAAGGCGCCUCUGCUGAUUCUUCCUCAACUACAAUGGAAACUGAAGCCUUUGAUCAAGAUGCGACAACAGAAUACCUUCACACAACUACAAAAAAUAACUCUGAACCACCAACAUCGGAAUCGCCGGUAUACUCUGUCAGCAACCAAACAGAGGAUUCAGAGGAUUUCACAGAAAGCACCGCUGCUCAGCAAACGUCCAGCUCACCUACGGAAUCAUUCAACGACCUAGAACUGCAGGCAGACACGAUCGAAGUCCCAGGGGAAAACACAACAAGUUCAGAAAAUCUACAAGAAGUAGAGAGAGCCAGUGCUACAGAAGGGCUUAAUCAGUCAGAAAUCACUUCGUCUCAACCGAAUAAAGAGCUCACGUCGACAAUUGAAACAUCCGCAUUUACAAACACAGCAAAUGGUACCGCAAGCACCGCUUCAACUACCACUCAGCUGCCUUACUGGCCGAAAAAGGGUUACGUGCCAACCACGAAGAAGCACGCAUCCGAGAUCACUUCGAAGUUAUACAUGACUAGGGAGAUCGUUCAGGGUUACGUGCCAAACACGAAGAAGCACGCAUCCGAGAUCACUUCGAAGUUAUACAUGACUAGGGAGAUCGUUCAGGGUUACGUGCCAAACACGAAGAAGCACGCAUCCGAGAUCACUUCGAAGUUAUACAUGACUAGGGAGAUCGUUCAGGUUCUAUCGGAAGAUCCCAUUCGUCGCCCUGCUAUACUCAAACUGGAUUCCUCCAAACGAGCGUGUCGGCGUCGUUUAAUGACCACGUACGACCGUAGUUUAAUGGCUGAUUCAGAUUUAGACAGCCACGCGACGUGUUCCAUAAGAUGCCAGUACGAACUUCCAGGUCUGGAAAACAAACGAUGUUGUAAAGUCACUCGAACGGAAUGUCCCGAUGGUUCACAACCGAAACUUGUCAAGCGAUACUAUAGACCACGUGGAUCGGACACCUGCCUACCGUAUCACUAUCCGAGAUGCUCUCCAAACGAAGAAAUGGAGGAACAACCAAUACAGUAUGAGCAGAACUGCCAAGAUCUCUGUUUCGCAGGACCAGAGAAGCGCAUUGCUCCACUACUUCAACUGGCCAUUGAAAAGUGA